GUAUCUAGGCUGGGCUGAAUUCGAAAGCACUGAAGUUCGCAACAAAAUCGUCAAGGCCAGCCCACAUACCCUGGACAGAAAGAAAGUUGUCGUCGAACAAAAGAUGCGUUCGUACAAGGGCGUUCAUGCUAAAGAACAAGCUAAACUGGAUUCUGAGCAGGAGCAAUCACGCAAGCCACCCCAGGUUCUGACUUCGUUGGCGGUCCAAGAUGCAGCGAUGAGAUUGCAAGGAGCAUUGACGGAAGUUAACACAGUCUCGAUCCGCAUGGGACACGGCACCCUUUCUCAGUCAGAGAUUGAUCAUUCUCUAGCCCAGGCGAUGCUGCACUUACUGGAUCUCACUUAGAACAACCAAUCCCAUACUUCUGUCGAAGAUGCUGAGGACAGCGAGGACGAGAAAGCGGUCUCCUUACACACCUCGUGGAAUACCA